ACAUCUGGUGCUCAUUGGAACCGAUUACCCCCAGCUGUGGACACUUUUCACCUGCUAUAAAAGCUCGCCUGGUCACUUUCCUUCACAAUUGUCUCUGGCACAAUGGCUGGUGUUUGGCUCUUGGUUCUGCUUCUCUGUGCUGUCUUCAUGGACAAUGGCCUUUGUAUUCCAGCUGGGGAAGAACAAAGGGAGUCCAAUGUUGUUCUGAAAAAAGAUGUGUCUCCUGAUUAUAUUUCACUUCAGAGACUUGUUAAACUUCUUGACUCUUUGGAUUCUACAUUGAAGCUACACACUCCGGCCCAACCUGCAACCAAAGAGGUAUUUCAAGACAAAGCAAGCUACCAUGAGCGAAAUGACCAGCAGAGCCACAACGUGAGCGGCAAGGGCCAACUGAACGACGCCGUGAGCCACAACGUGAGCGGCAAGGGCCAACUGAACGACGCCGUGAGCCACAACGUGAGCGGCAAGGGCCAACUGAACGACGCCGUGAGCCACAACGUGAGCGGCAAGGGCCAACUGAACGACGCCGUGAGCCACAACGUGAGCGGCAAGGGCCAACUGAACGACGCCGUGAGCCACAACGUGAGCGGCAAGGGCCAACUGAACGACGCCGUGAGCCACAACGUGAGCGGCAAGGGCCAACUGAACGACAUCUUUCAGGAAGUCCAGGAGGGUGUCAACCAGAACAACACAAUGAGCCACACCCAACAGAGUGAAUCGUUACAAGUCCAAAGUGUCACCCAGAAUAACAGACUGGAGUAUGACUCUGCAGAUGGAGGGAUCAUUGUGAAUAUUUGAUUUGUAUGGCAUGGAAGAACUGUUUAAUGUAACUUGUCAAUUAAAAUCUUUAUCUCUA